CUGAAAUAAAAAUGUCAUGUGCUCUUCUCCUUCGUUGAAGUGGUUUAGGUUAAUCUUGGGACGUUUUUAAGUCUAAUACACUACAACUAUGAGCCAACAAAGGUUACAUCAGAAGCCUCCCUCCUCGAUGAGUUCAUCAGACAUCUCGAAACAAAUGGAAUCAACAAUGUCGAUGACUGACCGUGUUCAUGUUGUCCGUCACAACAAUAGAUUACCACAGUCUAGAUAUUCUCCUUACGGCAAGACUGAUCUCAACAACGAGAAGGAGAAGCAGAAAGAAGAGGCUAUACGACUCGGAGUUGAGCUCUCGCUCUUUGUGGCAGAAGCAAUGUUCCUAUUAUCUGAUGACCUACGUUCUAUGUUACUCUUCUGUUUUUGCCUAUUGACGUUUGCAGGGAAAAAAGACUAUGACGGCCCCGUGGUAGGAAGACUGGUUCGUGUUAUUCAAUAUGUGUUCGUUGUUGGUGUCGGAUCCCGCAAUUAGGAUCCGGCCCGGAAAGGUAGUGGAUCAAUAAGACGAAGUGGGCCGUCGGCCCAGGUCCAGGGGACGAAAAGAGUGACCCAAUAAGUUCUAGCCCAGUUCGAGUAAAACGUCGGGAUCUCACGAAUUAAAUGAAAGGCGGGUUGCACGGGAUCUGGUAGAUCGGGAAGAUUCGAAAUGGAGGCAAUAAUG